AGCGAACGCGCAAAAGUGGGAUUGAUAUAAGUACUAAGUACGAUUCGUGCGGGGACCAUCCGCAUUCGAAAACGCAACGUAAUCGCACGCGCGUGUCAACCACUUGUUAAUCGAUCAAAAUCCAAACUAAAUUUAACUCGCUAAUACCUUAUAUCUAAGUGCAAAAUGGACGCCAUCCCAGAAUUGGAUUCUUUGAUCAAACCCAUGUUGAAUGGAGCUAAAGUCACUUCCUGCAAGACCAAAAGCCUGAUUGCAAAUGGCGAAAACUACGGAAGUAUCAUGCUAGCAGUGGAUUUAGUCCUGGACACCAAAGAGGAACUCCACCUGGUGGCGAAAAUGUGCCCCACGUCUGAAUUCAUCAAACAAAUGUUCAACAUCGGUGUCACUUUCAAGAAGGAAGUUGUGUUGUACAAAACAAUCGUGCCAACAUUACAAGACUUCCAGCGUAGGAACAAUUGCACCCCAUUCAAUUCCUACGCGAAAUGUUACGGAUCUCGUUAUAGUUUAGAUCCCAACAAGACGGAAGUGGAUGAUGGAUGUUGCCUGAUCCUUGAAAACAUCAAAGUCAAAGGUUUUGAUAUUGAGGAUCGUAUGGUAGGGUUCAAUUUGGAUUGUUCCCGGUUUUUGGUACAGGACCUGGCUAAAUUCCAUGCGGUACCAGUGGCGUUCAAGAUGCGAGAACCGGAAAACUUCAAAAAACUGAUUUAUGAGAAUAUCCGUCAACCUAACUACACCAGGGUAUCACUACCGGAAGAAGAAGCUACGAAAUUUGUUAAGGAGGUUAUUGCGCGUGCUGAACAUAUUGAACGAUACCGGAAACAUCUUGGUACAAUUGAGGAAAUGAUGAUUGGAGCUUCCAAACAGUUUUACGAACCUGAAAAUGAUGUUGUUGAGCCCUAUGCAUCAAUUGUCCACUCGGAUUACUGGACUAACAAUACCAUGAUCAAGAAAGACGCUUCCGGAAAAUGUAUUGCUAAUUGCUUCGUAGACUUCCAGAUGUUGAUCUACGCUAACCCAUUUUCCGAUUUGAUGUUUUUCUUGUAUUCAAGCGUGCAACUUCCGGUUUUGAAGGAACAUUACCAAGAGUUUAUCGAUUUGUAUUAUGAUACUUUUAUUCAAGUAUUAAAGGAUCACAAAGUGGAGGACCUGGGACAGUUUACAAAAGAGUUGUAUUUGAAGGAGAUUGACAGAUGCAUGAUAAGGUUAGAGAUGUAUCAUACUCUCUUCAUGUUGACUCCGAUUUACGCUAAGAAGGAAAAGGCGACGGAACUGAGUGAACUGGACAUGGCCGCCAUUAAUGACAGAUCCAAAAUGGACCAUGAAAAGUAUUACGCACGCUUGGAGUUCUGUCUGGAUGAUUUCGUCAAGCGUGGAUGGUUGAAGUUGGAUUAAUUUGUUUAUUAUUUAUUUAUAUUUGUCAUUUAUAAUAAAUAAACAUGAUUAUGUAUAA